CUCAGUCUCCGGGUCCGGUGGCGGCGGCGGUGGCGGCGGUGGCGGCAGGCGCGGUGUGUGUCUUAACUCAAAUGGGUGAUGAAAAGGAUUCUUGGAAAGUGAAAACUUUAGAUGAAAUUCUUCAGGAAAAGAAGCGAAGGAAGGAACAAGAAGAGAAGGCAGAGAUAAAACGCAUAAAAAAUUCUGAUGAUCGGGAUUCCAAGCGGGAUUCCCUUGAAGAGGGGGAGCUGAGAGAUCACCGCAUGGAGAUAACGAUCAGGAAUUCACCUUACAGGAGGGAAGAUUCUAUGGAAGACAGAGGUGAAGAAGAUGACUCCUUGGCUAUCAAACCCCCCCAGCAAAUGUCACGUAAAGAGAAAGCUCAUCACAGGAAAGAUGAGAAGAGGAAAGAGAAACGGCGGCAUCGCAGUCACUCAGCAGAGGGAGGGAAGCAUGCCAGGGUGAAAGAGAAGGAGCGAGAACAUGAGCGGCGGAAACGGCACCGGGAGGAGCAGGAUAAAGCACGGCGGGAAUGGGAGAGGCAGAAAAGGAGGGAGAUGGCGCGGGAACAUUCCAGGAGGGAGAGGCAUCUGAUUGUUUCCAGGGACCGUCUUGAACAGCUGGAGCGAAAGAGAGAACGGGAGCGGAAGAUGAGGGAACAGCAGAAGGAGCAAAGGGAACAGAAGGAGCGAGAGAGACGGGCCGAGGAGCGACGCAAAGAGCGGGAGGCCAGAAGAGAAGUUUCUGCACAUCACAGAACAGUGCGAGAAGACUAUGGAGACAAAGUAAAAAUAAGUCACUGGAGUCGAAGCCCAUUACGCCAGCAGCGAGAGAGAUUUGAGCAAGGGGAUGGCAGGAAGCCAGUCAAAGAGGAGAAGCUGGAGGAGAGGGAUCCCCUUUCUGAUUUACAAGAUGUCAGCGAGAGUGAGAGGAAGACCAGCUCAGCUGAGUCCUCGUCAGCAGAGUCAGGGUCUGGCUCUGAGGAGGAAGAGGAAGAGAGCAGCAGUGAGGAAUCAGAAGAGGAGGAGGAGGAAGAGGAGGAAGAAGAGGAGGAGGAGACAGGAAGCAAUUCUGAGGAAGUGUCUGAGCAGUCUGCUGAAGAGGUGAGUGAAGAAGAAAUGAGUGAAGAGGAGGAGCGAGACAAUGGAAACCAUAUUUUAGUUGUUACAGAGUCGAGGUUUGACCGAGAUUCGGGAGAGAGCGAGGAAGGUGAAGAAGAAGUGGGAGAGGGCACGCCACAGUCCAAUGCCAUGACGGAAGGCGAAUACGUCCCCGACUCCCCAGCCUUGUCUCCCAUAGAGCUGAAACAGGAGCUUCCCAAAUACCUCCCAGCCCUGCAGGGUUGUCGGAGUGUAGAAGAGUUCCAGUGUCUGAACAGGAUCGAGGAAGGCACGUAUGGUGUGGUAUACAGAGCAAAGGACAAAAAGACCGAUGAAAUUGUGGCUCUGAAACGUUUGAAAAUGGAAAAGGAGAAAGAAGGCUUCCCAAUUACCUCCCUCAGGGAAAUCAAUACCAUCCUGAAAGCUCAGCACCCAAACAUCGUCACUGUCCGGGAGAUCGUGGUAGGCAGCAACAUGGACAAGAUCUACAUUGUGAUGAAUUACGUGGAGCAUGACCUCAAGAGCCUCAUGGAGACGAUGAAGCAGCCCUUCCUGCCAGGUGAGGUGAAGACGCUGAUGAUCCAGCUCCUGCGGGGGGUGAAGCAUCUUCAUGACAACUGGAUCCUCCACCGGGACCUGAAGACCUCCAACCUGCUUCUCAGUCAUGCAGGCAUUUUAAAAGUUGGUGAUUUUGGGCUGGCCAGAGAGUACGGCUCCCCGUUAAAAGCUUACACCCCGGUGGUGGUGACGCUGUGGUACCGGGCCCCGGAGCUGCUACUGGGAGCAAAGGAGUAUUCCACUGCCAUCGACAUGUGGUCAGUGGGCUGUAUAUUCGGGGAGCUGUUGACUCAGAAGCCCCUGUUUCCAGGGAAAUCAGAGAUCGACCAGAUCAACAAAGUGUUUAAGGACCUGGGAACUCCAAGUGAGAAGAUCUGGCCUGGUUACAAUGACCUCCCCGCAGUGAAGAAGAUGACUUUUACAGAAUAUCCCUAUAACAACUUGCGGAAAAGAUUUGGGGCCCUCCUCUCUGACCAGGGCUUCGACCUAAUGAACAAGUUCUUGACCUAUUACCCUGGCCGGAGGAUCAACGCGGAAGAUGGCCUCAAGCAUGAGUACUUCAGAGAAACCCCCCUCCCCAUCGACCCAUCCAUGUUUCCUACAUGGCCGGCCAAGAGCGAGCAGCAGAGGGUUAAGCGCGGUACCAGCCCCCGCCCUCCGGAAGGAGGACUUGGGUACAGCCAGCUGGGGGACGAUGACCUCAAAGACACCGGCUUCCAUCUCACCACCACCAAUCAGGGAGCGUCUGCGGCCGGCCCGGGCUUCAGCCUCAAGUUUUAAGCAAAGGAAGCCCUAGUGAGCUACCACCUGGACACGUGGGUGCAGAGGGCUGGGGUUAUCUCUCCCCCGCCUGCCCACCCACCAUGGAAACCACGCAGCCACGUCGUGCCGAGAAGAUGGGGACUUCCAGAAGAGCCGGGAGCUUCGUUCUGGGAACUUGGGUGUUUUGUUCUCAGUUUGAUUUUUUUUACAUUUUGUCUUACUUGGGCUUGUAAAUUUGUAGAAUCCAAAGUCCGGCUUUCCUUGGGAAGCUGGUGUAUCCUUAGGCUGCCUGACUCCCGUCAGUCACGGCUGUGUGCAUCGAUGGGGUGGAUUGGCCGUUCUGAAAGCUGAUGACCAAUGCGGAGGAGCCGCUGGUGCGGACGGUUGCCUUGGGGGUCUCUGCUCUUCACUGUGACACCCACAGACAAGCAGCUUGUUCCCUCAGCACUGACCCAGCCCUGCUGCGGAGAAAGCCAGGGGUCCUUGGGCCCCCCAGACCCAUCUGGAUGGUGGCUUUGAUUUGGAGCCAAAGCUGAUGGUUUUUCCAAUGCCUAGAAGCAUAUGUAACACCUGUUGGGGCCCCCACCCCUCAUCAGCUCUGUGUGUUUCCCCUGCUCCCCUCCCCCAGGCAGCGCCCUCUGCAGCGUGGGCCCCGCCACCCCAGCCCAAACGGCAGCAGGAAGCCUUCAUGUUUUAUACUCUCUUACGUCUCGGUUUUCUAAGUGAACAACUAGACCCAGGCCCUGGGAGCAGGGCAGGGAGCCUUGGUCUGAUUCCGAUUCUGUACAAAGCUGGACAUUCAUGCAAACUUAGCCACAGUGAAGUUUUUGUAUAUUGAGAUUGUCAUAAAUUUUAAAAUAUAGUAAAAUAUUCUUGGAGGAAAA